GAAUAUGCAAGCUCUGCACACACAGGGCAGACGUGGGCAUUGAACGUCUGCCCUGCAGGGUCAUUGGGACCCUGGAGGUCCCAAUGACCAAAUAAUUCUUUUACAACAUGCAUGCAACAUUUUUUUUUUGCCUGUGAGAGCUAAAUCAGCUGUACAGUGUAAACCUAACAUAACACAUUACCUGGCACAGAAAUAACAAUUUAGUGUGGCAGUCAAUUCCCCAGCACUGGGAUCUCCUAAGGGAGCUAUCUGACUUUAUUUGCACUUGAAUGAAUGGACUGCCUCUCAUGCUGCAGAUGCUCCUGGCCAGAUCAUGCUGAUUCUGAUGCGUCUCCUCCUCCCAUCCAUCCAUCUCAUUCUGUCCAUCCUACCACUUCCUCGCACAGAGAGAGAGAGAGAGAGAGAGAGAGAGAGAGAGAGAGAGAGAGAAUUUCACCUUGCUUCUUCAUUGAGUCGCAUGUGUGUGCCUGAGCUGCUGGAUGAAUCCUGCAGUAUAACUGAUUUUUUCUUUCUUUCUUUCUUUCUUUCUUUCUUUUGCCACAUAUUUGGAUUACAAAUGCAUAUGGGGGAAAGAGAUGAUAGGAUGGGAUGCACGUGCGUUUUUUUUUCUUUUCUUUUCUUUUCUUUUUUUUUUUUCUUUAGCUAGUGCAGCAUAAAUCCGCGCUGUGGAAGAAGUCAGAAAACUAAAGCACGGCAUUAGGAAUGAACUCUGCGCUGCUCAGUGCUCACCAAGGAUGAAGAGAAAUUAAAAUAUUCAUCAAAAAAUUCUGCACGUGGAUGAAGUUGCAUGCUGCGAACAAGUGAAAUCAAGAUAAUGAAGAAGAUGAAGAGAAGUGAUGAACUGGAGGAUUGGAUACACUAAUCUACAGAUGCACAGAUGCAUGGAGAGAUCGAUGAAUGGAUACGUGCGUUUUUGUUGUUGCUGGUGUUUUUAUGAGGAUGCAGGUCUUUGCUGAAAUGUUAUUUGAUUUGCAAAACCUCCCUCGACGUGCUUUGUAAUUUUGUUCAAAAGCGCUAAAGGUGGAGCAAUGCAGGGAAUCCGAAUGCGCGCAUGCAGCAUGAAACAGACCUCUCUAACAAAGUGGUGAAUGUGUUUAACUACACAGUGCUCGUUUCUUUCUUUCUUUAUUAUCAUUAUUAUUAGUAGUAUUAGUAUUAUUAUUAUUAUUAUUAUUAUUAUUAUUAUUAUUAUUAUUAUUAUUAUGUACUCUGGCUGGAUUUAUUUCUGUACUUUUUGUUCUAAAAUAAAAGCGCGGUCACCCAGGGGCUGGUGUGCGCGAGACUCCACACCACAGAUUUUUUUUUUUUUUUUUUUUAAAUAUCCUUCGUUUCUUUUCUAAUUAUUCCUAUCUAAAUGGAAGUAUUGGAGCUCGAAGGCAGUGGUGAAAGGAGCAGACAUGGUUCAUGGGCGCAGUUUCCUUCAUGUUGUUGCAGGUCUCUUCAUGGUUGGUUUGUCUGUAGCGACAAAAAAAGAAGCAGUGAAAAACAACUCAGGGGUUCAACCAGCAGGACAGUGCGGAACGUGGGUGAAAAAAACAGAGGGAGGACUCUUCACAUCCCCCAAUUACCCCAACAAAUACCCACCAGAGCGAGAGUGCAUUUACGUUAUUGAAGCUCCCCCGAGACAGUGCAUUGAUCUCUUCUUUGACGAGAAGUACUCAAUAGAGCCUUCAUGGGAAUGUAAAUUUGACCACAUCGAAGUGCGUGACGGACCUUUUGGCUUUUCUCCGAUAAUCGGACGCUACUGUGGCCAGCAGAGCCCGCAGUACAUUAGGUCGAGCGGCCGAUACCUCUGGAUAAAGUUUGUAGCAGAUGGUGAACUAGAAGCCAUUGGAUUUUCAGCUAACUACAACUUCACCACAGGUAAGGUUUACAAUGUUUAUGCUUUUUUUUUCAUCUACUGAAUUUCAGUGAUGGACAGUUCGUGAUGAGUUUGUUCUUUUUUGAAUGAUUAUUUUGAGUAAUUUGACUCACAAGCCUGACAAAAUGAAUGUAUAC